UCUGUUUGCCACACCUACCCUCUUUGGUCUGUGUGCUUGCCUGCACGUCUCCCUGGGUGGUGCCUCCCUCCUUUGCUGUCAGAAUGCACUCUGCAACGCAGUGACCUACUCACUUAUGUCUCUCCAUGGACAUUUUGAGGCGCAUCGGAAGUCCCCUUCCACCCUUAUCCCACCACUCAUUUCCCCCAUCCCACACCUCCACCCCUCUGUUUCUCCCUGUGUCUCUUCCCAUUCCCUUUGCCGCACCUACCCUCUUUGA